AUGGAGGCUCCGCUCCAGCGAGAAUCCCCGCGUCGCGUGUCAGAGACGCCGUCGUCCUCCCCGGGGCCGCCGCCCCCGCCGCCCCCGCCUUCCAACCUGGGGCUGCCGCCGGGCAAGCAACAACGGGAAGAAAAAAGAGCGGCGCUGAUGAUUCGCCGGCUUCCUCCUAACUUUACUAAGGAGCAGCUAGAAGAACAACUCCAUCCACUUCCAGCUCAUGAUUAUUUUGAAUUUUGUUCCUCUGAUCCCAGUCUUUAUCCCCAUCUCUACUCAAGAGCAUAUAUUAAUUUUAGAAAUCCCGAUGACAUCCUUCUUUUUAGAGAUCGCUUUGAUGGCUAUGUCUUCAUUGACAAUAAAGGUCUGGAAUAUCCUGCCGUUGUUGAAUUUGCACCAUUCCAAAAGAUUUCUAAAAAGAAACUAAAGAAGAAAGAUGCAAAAUCUGGAAGCAUAGAAGAUGACCCAGAAUAUAGAAAAUUUUUAGAAAGUUAUUGUGCUGAAGAAGAAAAAAUAUGUGCCAACCCUGAAACUCUUCUGGGAGAAAUUGAAGCAAAAACAAGAGAACUCAUUGCUAGAAGAACCACCCCACUUUUGGAAUAUAUUAAAAAUAGAAAAUUAGAAAAACAGAGAAUUCGAGAAGAGAAAAGGGAAGAAAGAAGGAGGAGAGAAUCAGAAAAAAAACGGCUAAGAGAAGAUGAGAAACGGAAACGCCGAGAGGAAGAAAGACGCAAAAGAAAAGAAGCUGAGAAACAAAAGAAGAUUGCUGAAAAAGAAAUAAGGAUUAAGCUUCUUAAGAAACCUGAAAAGGGAGAUGAACAGACUACAGAAAAGCACAGAGAAAAAGAAAAAGGUGAUAUUGAAGACAAUAAAUGGGAGAAAUCACCAGCACAUGGGAGUUUAAAAUCCAAGCCAUUGGAAGUUCCUCUAAAGGAACUUAAGGAAAAAUCACAAAAUGACAGUGAUAAAGAACAAAGAGAUUCAGAGAGAAGAUUUCGUGAAAAAGAACCUGAGAGGCAAAGGUAUCGGUUGGAAGAUGGCCGAAAGCACAGAACUCACUAUGAAUUUGACAAAUAUGUGAGACGGAAUGAAGAUGAACCGAAGUGGGAGAAAGGGUACAACCAAGACCGAGGAAAGAAAGUGAACUACAACUACAGCUUCACUGUGGACACAGUAGACAAACUGGGAUCGCCCAGCCAUGCAGCUGUACCAACCAGGAAUUCGCAUUCGAACACAUAUGGGACCUACAAGUAGGUUCUAUGACUGUGCUGAAAAAACUUCUCAAGAAGUUUGUGACAGAAGGUAUGAGGCAGACAACUCAG